AGGACAUCAGUACGUACAGGUACGUACUCGUACUCGUGUUAGGUGUACGUUGGGUAUUACAAUACGAUACUACCGUAGACUUUUUCUUUUUUUCUCUCGAGACAAGAAUGUUCCGAAAAUGGAAAAUGAAGCACCGUCCUAGGCUUUGGUUAUCUGCACCGAGCUCCAAAAGUCUUUUAAAACAUCCGACUAAUGACGAGGAUCUGGUCUCUCGAAGAGUAUUGCUCCAAGCAAGCUCACCUGCUGAACGACAGUGAAAAUGGAGUCCCCACYRCCAGCGCUGGAGACGACUACUGGUCCUCGUUUUUGGGAAAGAACGACCUCGAAGCGAACCGCAAGUUUUUUUUAGAUCUAGAACUUCCGACCGUCCAUCCUUUUUGUCUCGACAGUGGCGAAAUCUUUGAGUUCGACGCUUCGAUUCCGCCCAUGGGGUCUCUGAAUCUGUUGGGCGAAAUAUGGAGCGCGGGUCAUUCCAACGAGUCGGCAACACGAAUGGAAUCGUUUGUGACGCUUUGGUACAUGGUGGCACCUGCACUGCUGGCUAUGGCAGAGCUGUGGCUACGACUGUUUGCCGGRUUAAUCGGUCCGAUUGGGAUUGCCUACCUCGCCGUUUCGCCACCGUUGAAAGCUACGAAACGYACCUCGUUCGCAAUUGUUCUGACGGUGGGAUCGUCCCUGAUACUGAUGACUGAUACCCUGUACGUCUUGCACAAUGGACCAUCGUAUGGAGCCACAUUAUUUUUAGCCUCCGUCAUMGUAUGCACGAGGUUGUGCUGGAAGCACAAUCUGAGGCUUGCAUCCRUAAUCGUUGCACUCUUGGUAAUCUUGUCAGCGCAUUUGGUCCACUUCCACGACGGGGAGCUUGUCUUCGGGAGUCCGGUGGACGAGGUCAAGCUGGAGGAGGGACUAUACUUCGAUUCCAAAAACACCCUAGUAUCCCGCAUCGUGGAGCGAUGGUCGGAAAACUAUAGAGUAUAUGAUGUAGAACACGGUGCCACAACGUGGAUGCCAACCGGGGAUUCCCGCACCGGGUUGCCCUUCAUGAUCCACAAGUUCCACCCAGACCAGUAUCCUAGCUGGAACCGUGUCUUUCUCAAGGUUCAGGACGAUCGAGAUCCGGUCUCGGAAUACGUCUCUCUCGAUGUCUCCUUCCCAAAGACCACUGGCCACGAUUCCAGAAAGCCGAUCUAUUUCGUUCUCCACGGAUUGUCUGGAGGCAGUCAGGAGGAGUACAUCCGAGAUUUGACCAUAAGAAGGAACGCAGAGGGAUCCACCGUUGUGGUCAUGAUUGCCCGCGGCAUGAUGGACACGCCGAUCCGGGGAUUUAGGUUCUUCAACGGUGCCCGCACCUCUGAUGCACACGAAGCAGCUUCCGUGCUCCGGCGGGUUCUGGGGAGCGAGCAGGUACUGGUGGGAGCYGGCUAUUCCAUGGGCGGCAUCAUCAUAAGCAACUAUGUAGCAACCUACGGUUCCGACUGUGCUCUCGAUGCAGCGGUCGCUGUGAGCGGUGGACUAGACAUGAGGUAUCAGGAGGACGCCUUCCGGACCCAGAGGCUUUGGCAGCCAAUGCUGGCAGGAACCCUACGGGAUGAGUUUCUGCUUGGGAAAUUCGGACACCGUGUGAAAGAGAAGCUGACCACGAUAGAGUAUCUAAAGGUGCUGAGAUCAUCCCAUAUUACGGUGAGUAGAAAGGAAGAUCGAAGGUCGCACACARGAUUCCUCUUGAUGUGUGAAAAUAUUUGCAAGCCGACCCCCUCAUCCUUCUGACACUGUUUUUUUUUCUGUGUUUCGAUUUCUCGCACGCACGCUUGGUCCGGUAGGAAAUCGAUCGGUACGCCGUAGUCCCACUGAAUGGAUUCGAUGAUCUCGAUCAUUACUACAGAGAAAUGAGCGCUCUUGGCGACAUACCACACAAUCCAGUUACARAUUUGUUGGAGGACACAAACAAAACCAGCAAGAUUCACAGUAUAGCGAUUCCUUUUCUCGUUGUCCACGCCUUUGACGAUCCCCUCAUCACAUGGCGGACUACGAUCCAGAAUACGGGAUUUAUGCACCCAGCCAACCUCACCAAGAGUGGUUCUGGCUAUUUAAUGAUGCUUCUGACGAAAGCGGGCGGACAUGUCGGUUGGCCCCUCGGAUUGUGGCCAACCGAGAACAAAUGGAAAUGGAUGUCGGAUGUGGUCAUGAGUUUCGCACAAUCCGUCCACGAAUCAAAGAUGGAAGGAAAGGAAUUAUCCUAAUCUKUUUGAUAAGUUUCUCUGUUGUUAGAAUGMAUAUCUUCUUUUGUUUGAAGUGUUUUCCUCUUCUCUUGGGCUGUCUUUUCGACUUCACCGCCUUCCUAUCGGUGAUGAGCCAGCUACACUGGAGAUAAGAUGUAGUUCUGAUUUACUUUGUUUUACUACAGUUAUACUGUAGACGAAUGAAGAAUGAAAGAUUUGAGUACAG